GCUAUCGAUCUAUCUAUCCACCGCUGCCAUUCUUGACUGCUGCUAGCAAGCAAGCGCUAAUCACUGUGCAGCUGUAACGCUACUCUUCAUUUUCUUCCUCAAUGUCAAUCCCAUCUUCCAUAUUCUUUCCAUCCUCCGCCUGCAACUGCAAUUGCAAUUGCAAUUCUAAUACUCUCACUUCUACUUGUCGUGCAAUCUCUCGGAUCCCCCUCACCAUCAACCUCUCAACUCACCCCCUGUGCAAGAGAAACCGCUCCUAUUCCAGAAAUUCUCUGAAUCAAGAAAAGAUUAUUAAUUCCACAGAGAAAGAAGAAGAAGAUGCUGUCGACGGAACCACCGUUGCUCCAUCCACAAGUUUCCUGUCUUUCCUCUGUCCCUUGCUUAAACUAGUCUCCGCUGGAGAUCCCUCUGGAGAAAGAAACUAUGUGCUCGAGGAGGCUACCUCUUCCUUGUCUAGCAUAGCAAGGUUCCCUUGGGGGUCUAGAUCGAUAUCUGAUGAUUUAAACAACCAGCAGGAAACAGGGCCUCCCCUACGUCUCCAGCUUUUUGAAUUUGAGGCAUGCCCCUUCUGCCGUCGGGUUCGAGAGGCUAUAACUGAGCUUGAUUUAUCUGUGGAGAUAUUUCCAUGUCCAAAAGGGUCAAUAAGACACAGGCCAAUGCUUAAAACACUUGGUGGCAGGGAACAGUUCCCUUUCCUUGUUGACCCCAAUACUGGAACUGUGAUGUAUGAAAGCAGUGACAUUGUAAAGUACUUAUUUCAGCAGUAUGGUGGAAACAAGAACCCCUCAUUUGGAUUGUUGGAGAGCACGCCCCUCACUGGAUGGGUACCAACACUUCUUCGAGCAGGCAGAGGCAUGACAUUAUGGAAGAAUUCCAUUAAAGAACCACCUCCCCACAAACUGGAACUUUUCUCCUACGAAAACAAUCCUUAUGCUCGGAUUGUUCGCGAAGCCCUUUGUGAACUGGAACUUGCUUACAUUCUUGAGAGUGUGGGCAGGGGGUCAAAACGAGCAGAGUUGCUGUAUGAGUUGUCUGGAUCUGAAGAGGUGCCUUACCUUGUGGAUCCUAACACAGGCAUGGGCAUUGGCGGGGAGGGGGGUUACAAGAAAAUCCUAUCAUACUUGUUCCAGACAUAUGCUGUUGCUGCUGCAACUGCGACAUCCACGUAGUCAGGCAGGUAGCCACAACAUUGCAAUGUUUGUUGUAUAUAGGUAGCGGGCUCUUCAGCUUCGUCUUCGUCUUCAUCUUCUUGGGGGCAUCGAGGCAGUUGAGUUGGGCAAACGUGGAUGAAUCAUUCAAAUGUAGUAGCGGUAGGAGGGACUUCCAGAUGAUCAUUAGUAGUAGUAGUAUUCAAAGCUUUUGACAGUGUCAAAGGAACCGACAUUGAUAAAUUAGCUAGCUAGCUAGCUAGCUUGUCAUAAAAGUCAAAUGGUCAUAUACAUAGAGACACUUGUUACA